UCCUCUCGACUGUCAAUUGAAUGUCUAUAUUGGACGACGUGGACUACAACUUAGAUUGACACAAGAAUAUACUGAGUUUUUCUGACCUAAAUAAUGGUUUGCUGUUACUCUUAAACAAGCUCUAACAAAAUAGUUGCUAAUUUAGGAAUGCCAUGCUCCUUUUCAACUACUAGUAACGUGCUAGCCAAGUUACUUCUUGAAAUAGCUGUAGUUAGCAAUUCAGCCAACACGUUAUGAUUUGGGAACACUAGCUAGCAAAACGUAGCUAACGUUUGCUAGCUAACGAGUUAGAGGACAGCACAAGCUAGUUGCUCACCCUAAAAAUCAGUUUUUAGUUGGUUAAAGAUACUUUUUUCCCGCUUGACACCAAGCAACUGGUUGUUGGUGGCUAACUAGUUAGCGCGUCGUUUUUAUAAAGUAGUUUUACAGCUUCUUAUGCUAGCUGGCUGACCUAGCCAACUAGCUAACGUUAAAGACAUGGGAUUACACCCGUUGGAGUUUAGCGAAUGCUACCUGGACAGUCCCGUUUUCAGGGAGAAAAUAAAGGCACACGAGGCAGAGUUGGACAAAACCAACAGAUUUAUCAAGGAACUCUACAAGGAUGGAAAGAAUCUCAUCAAUGCCACAAAACAGCUUGUGUUGGCCCAGCGCAAGUUUGCACAGUCCCUGGGAGAAUUCCAGUUUGAGUACAUCGGCGAUGCGAAGACUGACGAUGAGAGGUGUAUUGAUGAAUCCUUGCAGGAGUUCUCCAACUUCCUUAAGAACCUGGAAGACCAAAGAGAGCUGAUGAUGAAGAAUAUUACAGAAACGCUAAUGAAACCGCUGGAGAAGUUCAGAAAAGAGCAACUGGGCUCGGCGAAGGCGGAAAGGAAGAAGUAUGAGAAGGAAACUGAGAAGUACUACAGCUCCUUGGAAAAGCUUUUGAACAUGUCAGCAAAGAAGAAGGAACCGCAGCUACAGGAGGCGGACAGCCAGGUGGAGACCAUUAGACAGCACUUCCAGGAGGAGUCUCUGGACUACGUGUGUAAACUGCAGGAGAUCCAGGAGAGGAAGAAGUUUGACUGUGUGGAGCCAAUGCUGGCUUUCUUUCAGACAGUGUUCACCUUCUACCACCAGGGAUUUGAGCUGGCCAAUGACUUUAACCACUACAAGAAAGCCUUACAGAUCAAUAUACAAAAUACACGGAGUCGGUUUGAGGGCACGCGGGUGGAGGUGUUUGAGCUGAUGAAGAGGAUAAGGGAGGUUCCCCAGGAGUAUAGACAGACCAGCCCCAUCAGCAGCGAAGGAUAUCUCUACGUCCAGGAGAAACGGCCCCCUCCUUUUGGUUCCAGUUGGGUGAAGCGUUACUGCACGUUCGUGAAGGAACAGAAAAUCCUACACAUGGUCACCUUUGACCACAGGUCAGGAGGAAAGAUGGGCGAGACGGAGUCGGUCACCCUCAAGUCCUGUGUCCGCAAAACCACAGACAUGCUGGACAGGCGGUUCUGUCUCGAUAUAGAAAUCACAGACCGACCGGGAACGGUCCUCACGGUCCAGUCGCUGUCGGAAGAUGACCACAAGUUCUGGAUUCACGCCAUGGGUGGGAAAGAACCAGCUGGGCAGUACUUGGGUAAAACCUAUUCAAAAGAACGUGGAAUCGACGCACAGCUAGAUGACGUAGGAUUGUCGUUUGUGAAGAAUGCCAUCAACGCCAUUGAGACGCGAGGUAUCAAUGACCAGGGCCUGUACAGAGUGGUGGGGGUCAGCUCCAAAGUCCAGAAGCUCCUUAGCCUAAUGAUCGAUGAGAAGAGUAACGAUGUGGAUCUGUCUACGUGUGAGGACUGGGAUGUGAAAACGAUCACCAGCACACUAAAGCUGUAUUUGAGGAGUCUUCCUGAGCCACUGAUGACCUAUGGACUCUACAAAGACUUUAUCGCCCCUGCAAAGGGUGGUAGUCCAGAGUCUCGUAGCCAAGCCAUCCACUGCCUGGUCCACAAGCUGCCUGAGAUGAACUGCCUGGUCCUGGGGCUGCUGAUGAAACACCUGGCUACUGUGGCGGCCCACAGUAAGUUGAACCUGAUGACGGUGGCCAACCUGGGUGUGGUGUUUGGUCCCACCCUGAUGAGACCCCAGGAGGAUACUGUGGCUGCCAUCAUGGACCUCAAGUUCCAGAACAUUGUGGUGGAGAUCCUCAUCGAGCAACACGAUAAGAUCUUUGGAGAUGUCCCAGGUGCGUCUUCCCCAGGGCUCUCCGCCCCCACCAGGCAGUCCAAGAAACUGUCUGUUCGACAGAACCGACCCCUUGCCGUCUAUAACCCAAAGACAGUGGACCUGCAGACAGUGUCACCUGAUGUCGGUUCCAACUCGGAUGAGGCGUCGCUAGGCAGCAACGAGUCGAUGUCGUCCCAGUCGACUGCCUCGGGGACGCCUCCGGAGAAGGCCAACCAUGCUCCCCUUCUCGCCAGCCUCAGCACAGGAGACAGCCCAGGUGUCACCGGUGGAGGCGGCAAGAGAGCCAUGGCAGUGUACCCGUGCGAGGCCGAGCACGAAUCUGAGUUAUCCUUCCAGGUCGGAGCAAUAUUCAGCGCCGUGGCACUUUCCAGGGAACCUGGCUGGCUGGAAGGAGAGCUGGAGGGGAAGAAAGGCCUCAUCCCUGAAAACUAUGUGGAGAUGCUGUAGUCCAGAACCUUAGACCUUAGCCUGUACACUCUGUGGAAGACGAGCCUUGUCCCAGAGCUGUUUGUGCUGUAUACUUUUAUAUGGUCAUAGUCAUUACCAAACAUACCAAACCGUGGAAGUUUGCUAUACAGCAAAACAUUGUUGGGAAGACCGCACAAACAGAUUUUGGACCAGGCUAGUGGAAGAGGGGUCUCGUCAUCCCUGACAAUCUACGUCUAGAUGCUGUAUGCCAAACCCAAGGGUCGCCUGGCCUGCCAUCUAUCGCUGUAUCUCGCCCAACUGUCACCUUAUACAUGGUAUCCAUGAAGUCGAUGUUGACACUCCCAUUCUCAAAUUCAUACUUUUUCUUAUGCCUUCAACUCUCACGUUCCCUGCCCGGCGACUACUAUGCGUUCAACUUUAAUGCAGAAUAAUAAUAAAUACCCCCCAGCAAUGAUGUACAAUCAUUAUCUUGGAUAUAGGAAAGAAAGUAACAUUUUAAGGUGCCUUACAACACCAAGACAUAGUUGACAUGUAUUUACUGAACGGGUAUGUUUGGAAAAUGCUAAAGAGUUGUGUUCCGUGAAGAAUGUCUGGAAUACUCUUCAAGAGGUGCUUUGGUAUAUUAUGAUUUAUUUAAUUGGCACAUUGCUAGCAUUUAUUUUUUUUACCACAAUUAGCUUUUAUCUUUUUAAAAAGUAUGGUAUCCACUGUUGUGACUGAUUGUACAAUUACAUGCCAUAGAGGCAGUCGUAUUGGAAUGGUUCUCCUUUGAUCAAACCAUAGAAAUAUAAUUACUAGAACGGUUCUUGUAUGUCUAGGGUACAGACACUUCCUCUGCAUACUUGUUGACCUAGACAUUCAAUGAUGUCCGAACUUAGACUAGUUAUCGGGUCGUUUCCACUUCAAAAAGCACAAGGAGGAGUUCGACACCCACCAUCUCAGAUUGUGCUGAAAUCGUUUCUGUAGUUACAAACAGAUUAGCGUUCCUGAAAUAUUUUGUUGAAAUAUAUAAUUUGAUCUAAGAAUUUAAGAUAAUUGAUUGCACCCAAAUUGGCCAUUUAAAAAUAAUAGGAUUUAAAUCAUCUUCCUUAAAUAUAGUAACAUAAUUUGACCAUAAUUCUUCCUACCAAUGAGUAAGACAUGAGGAAUCCAAUAGCUACCCACAUACCCCUCACACUCCUCCCCAAUUGCACCCCAACAACCAGUAUCAGUUCUGUCUAGCAAGUAGUAUGGAGCUGCGGCCUUGGAGUAUUGCAACUUCAUCCUAUGUAAUGUGUUUCCUUUGAAUCUGGUGCCCCCCCCCCCCGUUCAGAGAUAUUAAACAUUUGAAGUCGCUGGCAUUACCAUAAAUUAGUUUGAGUACCAGGUUUUGCCUACUAUAUGCCGCUCUUCCUGCUACUGCCACACCCUUUUAUCCAUGUUGCUGGUCUCUUGUGUUUAUUAAUUAACAUGUAUGGCAAUUUUGUGACCCAAUUUACUUUUGCAACUUUGGGUAGAAAAACCAAUAGCUUUUGCUCAAGAUGAAACUAAAUUGUGGCCAUCCUCAUUCAAACCAGUCCUCCAUGAAAGCAAUUCAGGUUCUUCUCUUAGGCUUAAUCUGUGUCCAGGAAACAGCCCCUCUGUGUGGUUUAUUCCCUUUAAAAAAGGUUUGGAUUAGUUUGACCAUUCCUGGUGAAUAAACAUACCAUUAGGCUACAGCAGUUCUAAUGGUUUCAAUGUUAUGCUCUUCAAUGGGAAAAGUCCCAAACACUUACUAAAGUAUUUUGCAAAGGUGUUGGGUUUAAUGGUACAAGUUGCUAAUCACACAACAUAUAUGUUUUCAAACAAUUGUAUUAAGAAACCACUGCCAUGCAAUAGUUUAUAAUUUUGUUCGGGUUUUUGUCACAUUUUAGUCACUAACCCAUUUCAAAGUUUUGGGCUUGUAGGAAAAGUUUUCAUGAGAAUUGCACCAUAGGUGUUGCCCACUCAGAGCUGUCAUUUGUUGGGUUUAAUCAUUAGGCUGCUAAGACAAAGAAACUGAAUUGCUUUCAUGGACUGUCUUGACUUGUGAGGAUGACCACACAAUUUGUUUUCAUUAUGAGCAAAAGCUAUUGAUUUUCUACCCAAAGUUGCAAAGAAAAUGUUGUGAUUCGUUUAAUAAACAUGAGACCAGCAACAUUUACAAAGCGGUGUGUCAGUAGUAGGAACAGCAACAUCAAGUUGACAACCUGGUACUUUCAGACUAAUAUUUGGUAAAUAAUACAAGUGAUUUCAAAUGGCAAAUUUCUCUGAACGGG